GGAGGCCAGAAGUCCACAAUCAAGAUGUCAGCAGCAUUGGCUCCUUCUGGAGGAUCUGAGGGGGAGCUGUUGAACCCCUGCCGAUGUGAUGGGUCAGUUCGGUAUACACACCAGCUGUGCCUGCUAAAGUGGAUCAGUGAGAGGGGUUCCUGGACCUGUGAACUCUGCUGUUACAGAUACCAUGUCAUAGCCAUUAAAAUGAAACAACCUUGCCAGUGGCAAAGCAUUUCUAUAACACUGGUUGAGAAAGUUCAGAUGAUUGCUGUAAUCCUAGGAUCCCUGUUCUUAAUAGCGAGUGUCACCUGGCUUCUCUGGUCCGCCUUCAGCCCCUAUGCAGUGUGGCAGAGGAAGGACAUCCUUUUUCAGAUCUGCUAUGGAAUGUAUGGUUUUAUGGAUCUAGUGUGCAUAGGUCUCAUUGUCCACGAAGGAGCUGCAGUUUACAGAGUGUUUAAGCGCUGGCGGGCUGUUAACUUACACUGGGAUGUAUUAAAUUAUGACAAAGCCACAGACAUCGAAGAAAGUAGCCGGGGAGAGUCUUCUACAAGCAGGACUUUAUGGUUGCCAUUGACAGCUCUGCGGAACAGGAACUUGGUCCACCCCACGCAGCUAACCUCCCCGAGGUUUCAAUGUGGCUACGUGUUAUUACACCUGUUCAAUCGGAUGAGACCCCACGAAGACCUGUCGGAAGAUAACAGCUCAGGAGAAGUUGUGAUGAGAGUGACUUCAGUGUGACCAGAGUAUAGGACGGUGCAGUGUGGACCACCCUGCACAUUUUGGAAUGUAAUUGCAAUGAAUGGCAAAACCAUAACACUUCUAAAAACACACAUCUAUGAACUUUUUAAAAUUUAUGCUUUUUAUAUGAACAUUUGAAUUGCAAAUACAUUUUUCUGAAAAAAUAAAAGAGUCCUCUUGUUUGCUUUCUGAUUUAUCACACAUUUUAUAAGUUGAUACUUGAAAUCAUGAUCUGUAUAAUUUAACUCUACUUGGUUAAAAGAAUGAUGAAAGUUAUCCUCAAGGCCCAAACUA